AUCCCACUAAUUAUAACCAUCGUAUAAUCGGAUUCCCCCCGCACACAGAGCCUUGCUAAGCUAAGAUGAGUGGAGACACGAAGCGGGGCCUGAAGAAGAAGAAGGAUGGCGAUGCGGAGGUGGACGAGCUCCUGCGCCAAACCGAGGAUGAUCUCCUCCUCAAGCUCAGCGUCAACGCCCACACCGUCUCCGACUCAUCCUUGGACUCCGAUUUAGCCCGCCGCUUCCAAGCCCUUAAAUCGCCUGCGGCCUUGGCUCCGAUCUCGUCCAAGCCAAGAGAAGGAAAAGGUAAGCCGGAGAAUGAAGAGGAUGCGGAGCGACAGAGGAUCCUUGGAGACGAUCUAUCUGCGAGGUUCGCAGCGCUAAAGGGUUGCUCUUCAGAGGCAAAUCAAAGUCCAUCGCAGUCCAAGAUGAUGAUGGAAAUUGGGGGUUCUGAUGCGGAGGAUGAUGAGGUUGAGAAGGUUAUGCGAUGGGCCAUUGACGCGGCACGGCUUGAUCCUUCGAAAGGCGGCGAUGAUGAUGAUGAUGAUGAUGAUGUGGAGGUUUCUGAUGAUGAGGAGAUUGCGAAGAAGGUUUCUGAUGAUGAGGAGAUCGCGAAGAAGGAGAGAAACAAAGGCAAGGGGAAGCCCAAGAAAUGGUUUUUCUUUUGAUUUCAUGCUUGCCCUAAUUAUAUGAGAUCUCAUCUGAGAAUUGGAAUUGCUCUGCUUGAGAGUUGGGAUCCUUUUUUCUAUAUAUUAUAAAGAGUAUAUAUAUAUAUAUACUUAUAUAUUCAAAUACUAUGUAAAUUGUAUUUAUACAACACAAAAUCACUCGGUGUUGGUUC